AUGUUUUCAAAUCGGCACCAGAUGCUCGCGCAGGCUGUAAGUCAUAUCUCCCGUCCGCUACUCACAUUCUCUACUGACCAACUUCAGCCGAUCGAGCGCCGCGUCUUGGACGCCCAGACAUACUGGAUUCCUCAAUUUCUCAUCGCCGUAACUCCAGAACUCCAACCCGAGCAUCUGAAACCCAAAGGCACACAGGCCUGGCUCAAUAGGAUAACAAACGACAUCCGCACACUCGAGACAUUCCGUAGCGCCAUGACUCAGCUCAACCUGCGCUCGUCCGACUUUCCGGCGGAUGUAAAGGACGAAGGCGGUCGGGUCGUCGAAUUUUUGAAUCCUUUCUCGCUAGUGGACCUGCAGCGGGACAUCCUAUGGCAUCAGCUACGGAUCCUGGAGGGCGUACGGCGAGAAACGACAGCAUUAUCCGAGGCCGAGUCGCAUGCCUUGGAUGAGGUCUUGCAGCUGAGAGAUACUUACGUUGAGAAUGUGCAGCGCGAAGAGACGAAUAGACAGCAAUGGGCGCAAGGGUUGGAGGCUCACAAAGCUUGCGAUACUGGAGCGCAGAGAACAGAGAGAGUCGGACAGUGGGUGCGUGGAGUCGAUCCGGCGUUAUUUUCGCCGUCGUCUCGGUCGUAUGGACAGGACACACCAACACCUGCUCCUCGCGUUCCCGGUAGAAGCGGCAUGCCAACUUCGGGCAACGCUCACUCUCCCGCCCUGAACCUGCCACCAGCAGGACUCUCCCCGUAUCCUGCGCCGAACGCGCCAGAGCCCGGUCCUGGACCCAUGUUUUGGCCUAAUCCGAUGGGCCUUGACGCAUUCAAACCGUCCGCGACAAACGGUCUUGCGUAUCCGUAUCCGUAUCCAAUGACCCAAGGCAGAGCAUUUGGGAACGCGGUCUAUCCAGGUCAGAUCCAUCCACUCCCUGCUUACACGUCCAUGGAAAGGCCUACGUAUCCGGCUCCAAAUCACUUGGGAGGCAACAUGGGUGGUAUGCUUCCUCCGGACACAGUUCAGCAUUCAGUUCGCCAGUCCUUCGAAGCCAGAACACUUACAUACCCGGCGCCCGAUGUUUAUCCAAAUGGCACUGGGCAUACGCGCGACGGCAUGUCUGCAGCUACGCCUAGGUUCAAUCCACCGAUGGCAAACACGUUGCAGUCGAUGAAUGGAUUUGUGGUUCCGAGAAUGGGAGGUCCUGUACAACCUGCCCAUUUCUACAACCCCGGCACACUCGUCAGAGGCAUGGUCUUACGCAUGGCGCAAAUGCAGAAUUCUGCAUAUCACGCUCAACGCUCCAUGCCGGGACGCUAUCCUCCAGCCGUUCCUACGGCGGGUGCGUACGAACACGGUAGACCGCUGUAUGGCCACCUGACGCAGUCGUACACCACCGGCACGGGUGACGGUGGGUCGCAGCAGACUGCAAUCAAGGCAGAGACGCCCAUUAAGCAGGAGCCCUCGAGCUAG